AUGAAAUCUACAAAAAGCAAUUACGACUUUGUCAUCGUAGGAGGUGGACCAGCUGGUUGCGCGCUGGCUGCAGGCUUGGCCAAAUCAGCCCAAAGACCUCUAGUUCUACUUCUUGAGGCAGGUGGGCCCAACGAUGAUAGGGCUUUGCGGGUAGAUGGAAAACGCUGGACGACAUUCAUGGAAGGAAGCAUGAAUUGGGGGUAUAAGACCACACCUCAGGAACAUUGCAAUGGGCGCGAGCUCGACUAUUCUCGUGGCAAGGGUCUGGGGGGUAGCUCAGCAAUCAACUUCGGAGUUUACGCUGUAGGCGCGCGGGACGACUACAAUGAGUGGGCCUCUGAAGUGGACGAUAAGACCUUCGGAUGGAAGGAGAUGCAAACCCGCUUCAAGAAUCUAGAGACCUUCAAUGGCGCUACCACGCACUCGAAGAAUCAGAAAUAUGCUCAUUCAGUUGCUUCCGACCACGGCGAUUCGGGUGGCCUGCGCGUCGGGUAUGCGGAUGAUUGGGAAAGAGACUUGUCACUCUCGCUAGAUGCAUUCGAAGCCGCUGGACACAAGCUCAACCCAGAUCACAACUCGGGUAACCCCCUCGGCAUGGCUGCCACUAUUAACUCUGCUAGCAAGGGGGAACGUACCACGGCUGUUGACUUGCUUUUGGGUGCUCCUGAUAAUCUUGUGAUUAUCACAGACAGCCCAGUCCAGCGGGUUUUGUUGAAGGGCAGAAAGGCUAUUGGAGUAGAGACCCAGGGCAACCAAUACUUCGCCUCCCGGGAUGUGAUUCUUUCUGCGGGUUCACUCGACACCCCGAAGAUCCUAAUGUAUUCUGGAAUCGGACCAGCAGCAGAUCUUGAGAAAUUCAACAUUGCUGUAGUCAAUGAUCUCCCCGCCAUUGGACAAGGUCUCCGAGAUCACUACUUUGUUCCUCUGGUUCUUGCCCGUAACCCCGGGACAAAUGACCGCAAUUCGUUUUUCCAAGACCCCGCCGCCAUGGAGACUGCAUUGAAACAGUGGGAAGAUAACAGAACUGGCCUAUGGACCCGAUACGGCUGCCAGAUCGGCUGUGGCUGGUUCAAAUCAGACCGUAUCACCUCCUCACCCGAAUUCAAAGCACUUCCGGCAUCCGUGCAAGAAUUCAUGAACCGCGAAACCAUUCCCCACUACGAAAUGAUCACCCACUUUCCGAUCCAUUUUAUGUUACCCGAUAUGUUCAAAGAUUACAGCUAUGUGGCUCUUGCGGCACUCAUGAUGAACGAACAGUCCCUCGGCGAGGUGCGCCUGCAAUCCUCCGACCCAGAUGCUCCGUUGCUGUUCAACCCGCGAUUCCUCGAAGAUCCCUUCGAUCGUCGCGCCUGUAUAGAGAUCUAUAGACACCUGCUGGAAGUUAGUAGACAAGAGGCCUUUGCGAAGGAUACUGUGGCCACGCUGAUCGGGCCCGCAUCUGAUUCCGAUGAGGACAUCCUCCAGUUCUGGAAGGAUUUUCUUUCUUCUACCUGGCACAUGACCGGCACAGUGAAGAUGGGCAAAGUUGAUGCCAGUGACGCUGCUGUUGACACGCAUUUCCGCGUGCGGGGCAUAGAGAACCUCCGCGUUGCUGAUAUGAGCGUCGUUCCUGUUCUCACUAACAACCACACACAGACUACUGCUUACGUUACGGGUGUGACUUGUGCUGAAGUUCUUAUCAAGGAGUAUGGCCUUGAUGAAAAUUAA